AUCAGGCAGCACGAUCAGAUGUAUGCUGCCAUGCAACAGCAGAGCAAGCCCUUCGAUGCGCUGGAGCACCUGGAGAAAGGGCUCUUUGUCCGGAAGGAGCUGUUCGGCCCAGAUCACCCUGAAGUCAGCAAGGUCUGUCAGAUUUUUACAACCAGCUGCAACACUCUUGCGAUGAACAGCCUUCAGAGAGACAACCACCUGCUGGCCUAUGAGCUGCUGAAGAAAGCUGAGAUCCUCACGUCCCCAUCGGGUUACAUCCGAGACAAGAAGAUGAGGAUGAAGCUGAGAGCGGUCACCUUCAACAACUUCGGCUGCUUCUACAAGAGGAGGGGCAAGCUCCAUGCCGCUCUCCAAUACUUGGCGAAAGCGCUCAAGAUUGAGCUCACGAGCGAGGAGGUCGACAACCCGGCAGGAACUCACCUGAACCUGUGUGCGACUCUGUCACAGCUAGGAAGGCAUGGCCCUGCGUUGGAGCAUGCUCAGUGCGCCCUCGAACUCCUGGAAGCCAUGGCCGCGUCGCGCAAGCAGAAGGUUCGCGAGGACGAGAAUGGCGGAGGAAAGAACGCCACGGACGACGCGAGCAUCUUGGCGAUCGCCUGGCACAACCUGGCGGUGGAACAGGAGCAUCUCAACAUGGUCGACGAGGCUCUGGCCUCCUAUGAGCAGGCGGUCAAGGUUGCAGAGAAG